GGCAAAAUUUCGAACGAACAGCUGAUAUGUCCGACUGAGAAACAUGGCGAAGCUAACCCAUGUCAUGUGGAGUCUGUCGUCCAACUUUGCGGCAAAUCGGUAUUUCUCUCGAUUGCUGGCCUCGCCAUGGUGCAAUGUGUCCCUGGUUACAUCAUCCCGAGGAGUGUCAGCGGACGCCGCUGUGAAAUCUGCAGGUGAUUUGAUCAUCAGUGACAGCUGCGUGAGGCGUUUGAAGGAAAUAGCCGCGGACGGCGUGUGUUUGAGGAUUACCGUGGAAGGCGGUGGCUGCUCCGGAUUCCAGUACAAGUUCGACUUGGAUCCAAACGUACAGGAGGACGACAGAAUAUUUCAGAAGGAUGGUACUAAAGUGGUAAUAGACUCGACGUCGUUAGAAUACGUCAAGGGAUCAACGAUAGAGUUCCACACGGAGUUGAUACGAUCUGCCUUUAGAAUAACAAACAAUCCUCUAGCGGAACAGGGAUGUAGUUGCGGCGCUAGCUUUGCUAUUAAAGUAGAGUAGACGAACGCUGGCUCGUAAUUAAUGUAAGCUCUGAAAACGUUUACCGAAGAUUAAUUAGACUUUAUUUAUAGUUAAUACGCGCAAAGCAACAGAUAAAAUUGCUUCGGCGAAUAUACAUUCAUUUUAUCACAACACCUACUAUAAACAGUAGCUGUACAUAUCUCUUACAUCUCUUUUCUUUUAAUAUAGAAAGAACGGCUUAUAAUUUACAGUCGUAGGUAUCGAUUUACUUUUUAGCUAUUAUAAACGGUCUAAUUAUAAAUGUCUUACAAGUGGUACCAAAGGAAAGAUGCCUGUGUCUCUUGAUUAACGAAUUUAGACUGUAAAAGUUAUUCUGUACCGCGAGUUGGUAUAUUGCUGUAAAUAAGUAGUGAGCAAAUGAGAAAAAUCGUUGCAUAUAUAUACAAUAUAGAAGAGUUAAACUUAUAACGUGAACGUUCACGAGGGUGAACGUCUUGGAUGAGUUUUUAUUUUGAUUUCAUAAAUAAUGUAACAUCGAGUUAGAGAGCUCUUUAGCGCUUUUCAGGCUAAAGACACGAGUAUGCGCGCAAACCAGUGGUCUUCAGGUAUAUGUACACAUAAAAUCUGAUGAUCGCGAUUAAACCAUACCACUGAAUGGAA